CGAUUUCGCCGGCUCCGCCCACUCGUACCGUUUCCACCACCACGUGACGGGGCGGCCAUGGGCAUCAAGUACUCUGUGCAAGCAGUGACUCGGAACGCGGACGGAAGCUUGUCGUUGCACUCCAAGUACAAGCGGUACCUCCAGGCAAAGUGCCCCGACUUUGCCUACACAUCGUGCUUGGUCACCCCCGAGAUCACACGCCUUGUCAUGACCAACUGGGACACCAUCACGAAUGGGACCGCGCCAGGGAUGAAAGGAAUCGAGUCCCCCGUCGUAUACUUUUACGACAGCUUUUACAACGAUUUGUUUGUGGAGGAUCCAUCGACAAAGCCCCUCUUUCGGUCGUCGAUCAUCGUCCAAGGGAAAGCCCUCAUCAACAUCGUUCAGUCGAUCACGCAUGCCGUAAAUUCCCCCCAAGCGAUCGAGCGCGUCGUGGAUCUGGCCUACCGACACAAUAAGUACAAGGUCAAGAUGGAGUACUACAACACUCUUGGGCGGGUCCUCCUGACGUCGCUGAAACGAUGCAGUGGCGGCGACGCCUUCUGGCCACAAGACCUCGACCUUGCUUGGCGCACCGUGUACGCGUACAUGCUCACCGCCAUGACCCCCAUCGUGUACCACGGCCAAAUUGCCCCCAGUGCCAAGGAAAAGGAGCAGGCGAAGUCGGGAAAAUUCACACAUACCAUGACAAUGCGCCCCCCCAAAUCCGUCAAGCCGUUGGACAUAGGCGCUGCUUUGCCAGCCGGCGAAUGCCCCGUCAACACCUUGACUUCCAUUUCGCCCACGGGGGGAAGUCCGCAGUGUCCUGUGCAACCCUCGACAUCUGGCCCUCGGUAGCACCCGUGGAUGGGGCUCAAUCGCCCCCAUCUUAAUUUUGUUCAUACCAAACGCAUCAAUGAGAACCUCCUCCCGU